AUGAGUGUCGCCACUUUGACCACCAACACCGUGCCAUUGGAGGACCUUACCGGCCUUGAUGCACCCUCGUUGAUCACAGAAGCCAAGUACAUCCUCGAGUUGAUCGAGCCCAACUGGAAAGCCGGCAAAAAGUACAAGUACACCACAGAUGCCAAUCUUCCCAUCUCAGUGCCUACUUUCAGCAACAGUCGCUUGAACGACGACACCUGGUACGCCAGAGUGUACGACUUCACCGAGUUUGGCGAUCCGUUGAAGGAGCGCUACCACCAGGCAUUGCUCCAGUACAUCAUCGGAUCGCUUACGGACUUCAAGCGCAGUCACACUGAGUACGAGAAGCACUACGUCAAGGAACUCUACGACUACGAGUUGACACCCUUCCAAUUGGCAGGUGCCGACCCCCAGUCAUUCACGUACUUGGCACAGUGCUACUACAAGUUCCCGUUCCCAUUGAAAAAGAGGGUGUUCUAUGAAUUGGUCCACAUCUAUAAACCUUCGGACAACGAGGCCUACGUGAUCUCGUUGGCCGUGCACCCCAAGAACUUCGAGCGUCCAGGCAUGGACUCCGACUUCACCCAGGGCAGAUACACCUCCAUCGAAAAGGUGACGUACGAGCCAGAAUCCAAGGAGUUGAAGUGGACCAUGGCCACCUGCUCGCAGCCAGGCGGAAAGGUGCCCCACUGGUUCACCCACGCCAACCUCGGAAGUGCCAUCUCCAAGGACGUGCCUCACUUCAUCAACUGGGUCGAUACUUUGAAGACCAACGAGGCGUUGCAGAUCAGAAGCUCGGAAAGACACGAGCCUGUUGCGACCACCACCUCCAGUCCCAUCGCAUCUCCUGCUACCCAGACCCAGCCAGUGGCAGGAUCUGCUCCUGUUCCCGCAGGCUCAGUCUAG